AUGGGCAAACUCUUGGUUGUAAUGUUAAUUGGGAUGUUCUUGGCUUUCGAAAGCUUGGAAGCUCUUGACUAUGGAGAUGCACUGAACAAAUCAAUUUUGUUCUUUGAAGGCCAAAGAUCUGGUAAACUCCCGACUAAUCAAAGGGUUAAAUGGCGAGCUGAUUCUGGCCUGUCUGACGGUGCAUCAGCUAAUGUGAAUUUGAUUGGAGGAUAUUACGAUGCUGGUGACAAUGUAAAAUUUGUGUGGCCAAUGUCAUUUACCACAACCUUGUUGAGUUGGGCUGCACUUGAAUACCAGAAUGAGAUUACUUUCGUUAACCAGCUUGGUUAUCUCCGGUCUACUAUCAAAUGGGGAACUAAUUUUAUCCUCCGUGCUCAUACGUCGACCAACAUGCUAUAUACACAGGUAGGAGAUGGAAAUUCAGAUCAUAGUUGUUGGGAGAGACCAGAAGAUAUGGACACACCUAGAACUCUCUAUAGUAUCUCUUCCUCUUCCCCCGGUUCCGAAGCCGCAGGUGAAGCCGCAGCCGCUCUUGCCGCGGCCUCACUUGUUUUCAAACUGGUUGAUUCUACAUAUUCAUCCAAAUUACUAAACAAUGCUAAAUCCCUAUUUGAAUUUGCUGAUAAGUACAGAGGUUCUUACCAAGCUUCUUGCCCCUUCUACUGCUCACACUCAGGCUACCAGGAUGAACUUUUGUGGGCUGCGGCUUGGUUAUACAAAGCAACAGGGGAAAAGAGUUACUUAAAUUAUGUUAUAAGCAACAAAGAUUGGAGCAAAGCCAUCAAUGAAUUUAGUUGGGACAACAAAUUCGCCGGCGUUCAAGCUUUACUCGCAUCGGAGUUUUACAACGGGGCAAAUGACUUGGAAAAAUUUAAGACCGAUGUUGAAUCAUUCGUCUGUGCAUUGAUGCCAGGAAGUAGCUCUCAACAAAUUAAGCCAACUCCUGGUGGCAUUUUGUUUAUUAGAGACAGUAGCAACUUACAGUAUGUAACAACGGCUACAACUAUAUUAUUCUAUUACUCAAAAACUCUAACCAAAGCCGGGGUUGGUUCAAUCCAGUGUGGGUCGACUCAGUUCACCGUAUCUCAAAUUCGAAAUUUUGCCAAGUCACAGGUUGAUUACAUUCUUGGAAAUAAUCCAUUGAAAAUGUCUUACAUGGUUGGAUUUGGAACAAAGUAUCCUACACAACCUCAUCAUAGAGGCUCGUCAUUACCGUCAAUCCAAUCUAAACCAGAGAAAAUCGACUGUAAUGGAGGAUUUUCAUACUACAAUUUUGAUACACCAAACCCGAAUGUGCAUACCGGCGCAAUUGUGGGCGGACCAAAUUCAUCCGACCAGUAUAGCGACAAAAGAACAGAUUAUUCUCAUGCAGAGCCCACAACUUACAUCAAUGCCGCCUUUAUUGGGUCAGUCGCUGCUCUGAUCAGUUCUUCCUAA